GUGGGGCAGCCUUGUCGUCGAAACCCCCGACUUGCCGACCUCGCUCGACCCGUGACCUACCCGUGACAAAGAUGGGACCGUUGGCCCAUUUAAGGCGGAGGGCGCGCACUCACCCACUACUCGCUGCACUCGUGCCACUCAUUGCGGCUGAGCGUUGAUUGAUUGCAGACCGAUACAGCCGCGGUGCCAGGAGCGGCUAUCCGAGGUCUACCACUGCCUGCUUCAGGGGGUUCCAUCCCAGCCGAGCAUGGGUAACGCCCCUAGCUCAGAAGGAAGUGCCGGCGGCCGCGCCGCUGAGGAGCGAGGCCGAGACUCUCCGCCGCUGCUGGUGACUCUCGCACUCGCAGCCCCUCCUCCCUAUCCACCGGCCCCGGUGCCGCCGCCGCCGCACACGCUCCAGGUGAACGUGCCAGCGGCGGCCUCCUCCAGUGGCGCCGACCUGCUGGCCACACCUGCUCCAAAGGCGCAAAGCAGCAGCAUCAUGAGCACUCCACCAGCAGCGCCGGCAGACGCUGCAGCAGCGCCGCCCACGCCUCGUGCGUCCCACGAUGGCGGCGCCAGCGGCAGCGGCAGCGGCAGCCACCGUCGGCCCGACCAAGACGAGGCGCCGCGGCGGCAGGUAGCCAGACCACCGACAAACACUCCUGCCUAUCCACCACUGCCACCAUCGCCAUCAAACCGCAUCCUUCAGACCGCCGCCGCGUCCUCCUCUACCUCCUCAAUGGCAGCGCGCACAGCGGUUGCGGCUGUGCCUCCGCCGGCGACGCAGCUGCCGAGGCCUUCCUCCAGGAUGCUGCUGCGGCCCGCUAGCAGCGGCCUGGCAUCCUGUGCCAGCACUGCCUCCCUCUCCUCCGUCGCCACCUCCACCACGGCCGUCGCCACCUCGGCCACCGGCGCCACAGGCCUCGCGGCGCUGAACCGGGCGUCCUCGGCGGCGGCCUCUGCCACCUCCCUCAGCCGCAACACAUCGGGUGCGUCCCUGGUCAGCGGUGCCGGCGGCCUGCCGAUGGCCCAGCGACUGCCGCCGCCGCCGCAACAGCAGCAGCCAAAGCCGCGGCCAAACAGGCAACAGCAAACGGCGGGCGCUCGUGACGCGGCUGCAGGUGCGGCGGUGACCGUGGACCUAAUCAUCCCGCUCGAUCCGCCCGUGGCGGGCAUCUCAGCCCUGCACGUGGUCGCGGUUCAGGCGCAGCAGCUAGCGCCGAAGCACGUGAGCUGGCUGGCUGCGGGGUGGGCGUGUGUGCCCAAGGACGCAGCCGUGGAGGCACUUGCGGAGGCGCUGAACCUGGGAGACGGAGCAGCAGCAGCAACGACAGGAGGCGCGGCCGCCAGCAGCAGCGGUACGGCUGGGAAGGGCGGCAAGACCUUUGGAAAAGGCAAGGCUGCUGCCGCUGCUGCCAACCGCAGGGCGGUUGCGGCGGCGGCAGCACCCAAGCUGUGGCCGCUUCCCAAGGUUCUGGGGUUUGACACGGAGUUCGUGCGUGACCAGCUGGCGGUGGUGCAGCUGUGCGCGGGGCCGCACGUGCUGCUGGUGCAGGUGCCCAGCUGCCGCCAGCCUGCAUCGGAGCAGCAACAGCAGCAGACCAAGGAGAAGGCGCAGGGUGGAAAGGAGCAGCCGCCGUGGCGGGCGCCCUUCACGCUGCUCCCGGAGUUGAAGGCCCUGCUGUGCAACCCCUGCAUCCCCAAGGCCGCGGCGGAGGCGUGGCAGGACGCGCUGAUGGUGUACAUGGGCUUUGGCGUCAAGCUGCGCGGCGGCCUGGACCUUACGGUGGCAGUGCCGCCAGAUCACGUGGACUUGAAGCGCGGCCGCGAUAAGCUGGGGCUGUUCGACAUCUUCCGCACCUUCUUCGCGGCUGCUGAUCACGUGCAGAAGGACAAGACCAUCAACCACACCAAGUGGCUGUCAUCGCGCCUGGAUGACAAGCAGAAGCGUUACGCGGCGCUGGAUGCGUUCGUGUCGUACGCCGCGGGCGUGUGCGUGCUGCUGCGGCCCGGCAAGGCGCCGCCGCUGCCCGUGGACCUGGCGGCGGCGCCCGAGUGGGAGGUGCGGCUGGCGGCGCAGUGGGUGGCGGUGCAGCAGUACCUGGAGGCCCAGUCGCCGGACCGCACCAAACACGACUUCUACCGUGCGUGGUUCAGCACGACCAAGAAGGGGGGCGUGGUGAUGGAGGUGCGCAUGUCGCGCUACAACACGCGGCUGCGGCUGCGGUGCUGGGCGGAGGCGACGCUGCCCAACGGGCGCCGCGUCAACGGCCGCUGCAACAUGGCGCGCGGCAGGAGCGCCCACGUGGUCAAGCUGCGGUGGUCAGACACCAAGCAAAAUGUUGCCAGCCUCUCCGAGCUGCCGGACACGGUCACAAGGAUUGAGAUGACGGACAGCUCGGACACACCCGAGGAGGCAGGCAUCAAGGCGCUGCUGCCCAAGGUGUUGUGCGGCGCGGAACGGAUGCGCGGCCGGCCCCUGCUUGAGGGCGUGUUUGGCGGCGGCGACUUCUCCUUCCCGGCGGCCGGCCCCGGCGGCGCCAACGAUGGUGCAGCCGCUGCGGCCGCCUCAGCAAGCCCUGCGGCGACAGGCGCAGCGGGAGGCGGCGGCAAGAAGGCCAAGGGCAAGGGCAAAGCGCAGGAGGACAGCACCAGUGGCGGCGCUGCUGUCGGCAGCGCGACUGCCGCCGCCAAGGCGGCGUCGCACGCGGUGGCGGCUGUCCGGUGGCUGGCGAACAUGGCCGGUGUGAACGCGUCGCAGGCGCGUGCCCUGUCGGAGAUCCUGCGCGGCGCCUGCCGGACUGGGCAGCAUGGCAGUGCCACAGACGGCUCGGCGGUACAGCUGGUGCAGGGGCCGCCGGGAACCGGCAAGACCACGGUCAUCUCACACGCGGUCCGGAUCUGGCUGGAGGAGGCGGCGCCGCGCCUGCCCCUGCUGCACAAGCACGGCGGUGCCGGCAGCGGCGCGCGGCUCCUGCCGGCGGUGGCGUGUGUGGCUCGCAGCAAUGUGGCCGCCAAGAACAUCGCCCUGUCCCUGAUCAAGCGCGGACUGGGGCCCAAGGACUUCCGGCUGAUCGUGUCCCAGGAGUUCCACUUUGAGUGGCACGAGGAGCAGUACCGCGGGGAGUUGGAGGCGGUGCUGCUGCUGAGCAGCGAGCUCAAGGGUGCAGACAUGCAGCGGGCGCUGCUAGAAGUGAAGGUGUAUGUGACAACCGUGUCCAUGCUGGCCAACCCCUCCUUCAAGGGCACGGCGCUGCACGGCAAGGCACUGAGCUGGCUGGUGGUGGACGAGGCCAGUCAGAUAUGCGGCUCCGACCUGCAGCUGCCGCUGUACCAGUACGGCCACCAUCUCACGUGCCUGUCGCUGUUCGGGGACGACAUGCAGCUGCCGCCCUUCGGCAGCGAGUGGGGCGGCGCCCAGAUUCGCUCCAUCUUCGACCAGCUCAGCAGCGGCGGCGGCGGCGGCGGCGGCGCGGCGCAGCAGCGCCUGCGGGAGCAGCCGGCGGGCGCGUUCCAUGUAGGGCCGCCGCUUUGCCCGCCGGCCGCGGGCGGCGCCCGCGACGUCGCGGCCACCGGCGCUGCUGCCACGUCACCUGUGGUACGGCUGAUGCUGGACGUGUCGUACCGCCUGCCACGUGACCUGUGCGCCUUCAUCAGUCGGGAGAUGUACGGCGGACGGCUCCAGUCGGGCCGCCGGACGGGCAGCGGAGGCGCUGCCGGCGACGCCUUCCCGGCGCACGUGCUGUGGCUCAACGUGGAGGGGGAGGAGGACCGCAGCGGAGGGAGCAGCUGCAGCAACCCGGUGGAGGCGAGGCGCGCGGUGCGGCUGGUGCAGGAGCGCUACCUCAGCACCAGUUGGACGAUCCUGACGGGCUACGACCUUCAGCGGUCGGUGCUUGAGCGCGAGGUGCUGCGGUGCGGGCUCGGCCGCCACCCACAGCACAACCAGCCGACACAGCCGGCCGGCACAGCAGCGGGCGGCGGCGGCGGCAGCGGCGGCGGCGGCGGCGGCGGCGGCGACAAGGGCCCCCAAGGCAGCGACCGCGUGUACAACAUCGACACGUUCCAGGGCCGCGAGGACGAGGUGGUGGUGGUCAGCCUCACGCGCGUCAAGGCGCUGGGCUUCAUGGACGACGACCGCCGCGUCAACGUCAUGCUCACGCGUUGCACGCAGCAGCUGGCGGUGGUGGGCAGUUUGCGGCUGGCGCUGCAGCACCCGCACACGCUCAUCGGCCGCAUGGCGGAGUACUGCAUCUUGAACGGACGGGUGGAGCAGUAGAGGCCUAGAGGGCGCACGUGGAAAGCGGGGCAUGUGGACCGUGGCAUGGCCGUGGCCGCAGCUGCACGGAGAUGCGGCGCCGGAAAUGUGGAAACGAGGGCAGCGCCGGGAAGGAACGUCGGUAGGGGCUCGAGAUUAGGUGUACAGAGUUUACAGGAAGUUGCAGCGAGGCGGUUCCGUAAUGGGGUUUUGCGACUCCUGGCUUGAGCCAUGGCUGCAGGGCAUAGAUUUGGAAAGCUGUAGAAUGCAGACGGGGUUGGAACGCGUGAGACAGUCUAACCACGUAGUACAGUAGUACAGUAGGGUACUGUAGAGACUUGACCGGCGUGUAGCUAGUUGCUUGCACGUAGGCCGGCCCGGAGGGCGGAGGCAAGUUGGUGUUGGCAGCAAAGUUGCUUUUGUGCAUGUUAUGAACGCAUCACAUGCGUUGUGACGCCUGCUGUGUGAUAUUGCUAUGCUUUACCUUACUGAACAUGCAAAGGUCCAGGGGCGUGGCAGGCUGUGGCAGGCUAAGGCAUGGUGGGGUGGAAUUGCGGCGGCAGCGCAGCCAGGCCAGGCGCAGCAGGGACUUUCGCAGGCUGUUGUUGGCUGUUGUUAUAUUACAUGCCUUUACGUGCUGUCAGGGAAAGGCAGUUUGUCAUCUGAGUUGGGGUACGUGCGACGCGUGCGUCAACAGGAUGGAUGGAUGCGUUACGUGGCUCGAAGUCCAUGCGGCCCCACCAACUCCUUAGUCCGGAGGUCAGGACAGCUUCGCCGCAUGCUCGCUGCAUUUUCGGACGGUCCUCGUGCCAUGGACAAAGUACAUAGCCCAGUAAGCAUGGACUGGUGCAAAUUAGGGUGAGCGCCCCGGGCGCACCAGGCGCAACUGCUUCGGAAAUUUGCGUGAACAUGGCUUGGAACCUGCCGGCCCUUGGUGUGCUGGUGAGUAGAUCGCGAAGAAUCGUUUGUUAUCGAACUGCUGCAAGGCCCGACAAAUUCCGCGCUUCUGUCGGCCUGCAGGGCGCGCAAUACUGCGCGGCCAUCUGCACCCAGUAUGUGAACUACAAGGAAAU